AAAAAAGUAUUGGCUGUCUUGAGGAAUGCGGUCGCCCCCUUGGGAAAGUACAUAUCUGGGAUCAGCAGGCGGCUGUGCGCUCGCACUCCGGAUCGGCCUCCCCACCGCGCUCUUGCCUCCCCGCUCCCGCCGCCGCAGCCCCAGGGCCGCUCGCCGCCGCCACCAUGGACGCCAUCAAGAAGAAGAUGCAGAUGCUCAAGCUCGACAAGGAGAACGCCUUGGAUCGAGCGGAGCAGGCGGAGGCCGAUAAGAAGGCGGCGGAGGACAGGAGCAAGCAGCUCGAGGAGGACAUAGCGGCCAAGGAGAAGCUGCUGCGGGCGUCGGAGGACGAGCGGGACCGGGUGCUGGAGGAGCUGCACAAGGCAGAGGACAGCCUCCUGGCCGCCGAUGAGGCCGCCGCCAAGGCUGAAGCCGACGUAGCUUCUCUGAACAGACGCAUCCAGCUGGUUGAGGAAGAGUUGGAUCGUGCCCAGGAGCGUCUGGCAACAGCUCUGCAGAAGCUGGAGGAGGCCGAGAAGGCAGCAGAUGAGAGUGAGAGAGGCAUGAAAGUCAUUGAAAGCCGAGCUCAAAAGGACGAGGAGAAAAUGGAAAUUCAGGAGAUCCAACUGAAAGAGGCCAAGCACAUCGCUGAGGAUGCCGACCGCAAGUAUGAAGAGGUGGCCCGUAAGCUGGUCAUCAUUGAGAGUGACCUGGAGCGUGCAGAGGAGCGGGCUGAGCUCUCAGAAGGCCAAGUUCGACAGCUGGAAGAACAAUUAAGAAUAAUGGAUCAGACCUUGAAAGCAUUAAUGGCUGCAGAGGAUAAGUACUCGCAGAAGGAAGACAAAUAUGAGGAAGAGAUCAAGGUCCUUUCUGACAAGCUGAAGGAGGCUGAGACUCGGGCCGAGUUUGCGGAGAGGUCAGUAACUAAAUUGGAGAAAAGCAUUGAUGACUUAGAAGACGAACUCUACCAGCAACUUGAGCAAAACCGCCGCCUAACUAACCAACUAAAGCUGGCCCUGAAUGAGGAUUAAACUUAAGUGGGAGAGAACCUGGGCUGAAUUCUAGGAACGCAGCCCAUGGGCAGGAAAUCUAAGACUGUCAUACCUUCACCUAAUAGGGUUGAAAACGAUUCCUUUCUGCAGAAUUGAACAUGAAUCAGUUGAAAGGCUGGCCUUGCCUGCAUUUUCCUCUCAUAUCUGGAAUAAUUAAGUUCUCUUUAAUCCCCAAACCACUUUUAUGGUAAAAUUACAUCUGUGUAUAUGGAUCAAUGUUUAUAAUCAAUUCAGCACUCAUCUUUGCAAGAGCAGGUCCUCUUGUUUGAGCUGAUACAUAAUGAGGACCAAAAAAAUGUUUUCUAUUUCCUACAGAGAACUGAGUCUUGCUUUAAGUUAGAAAGCCAAAGCAGAGGGGUGUGUAUGGGUAUAAGUAUAUAUAUAUAUAUUAUAUAUAGGAUGUGAUAUAUAUAAUAUAUAUUCCUAUUACAUAUUCAUAUUUCUAACUUCUAAGUAUCUGGUAUAGUGUUUGAAAUAUGAUUACCUAUGCUUGGGCAAAAUAGCUUUUGAAAACAGGAGUUCAUGUCAGAAGUCCCUGAUUGUCUGAAAGGUAUGCUUUUUAUUCAAUCUAACAGUGUUGUUGGAUUCUGGUGAGAAUGUCAUGCUAAUAAUAAAUAGAGCACUGUGAAAAUAAUAAUAAGAGAAUGUCCUACUGGAGUGUGCAUGAAACGUGUUGGUAAUUUUUUUUUAAUGAGUAACAGAAAUAAAUCAUUGAAAAAGUUGUCAGAAAGCCUAUUUACGUCAUGUUUGUUUUCUGUGAGACUGUGUUACAACACAACUCUCAGACCUUAACUGCCUGUAACUCAGAAACAUCUGCUGUUAACUUCAGUGCUGCAAGCACCUCUCCCUGUUCCCACGGCACAUGACCAGUGAACCUUCACCAACCCCACCUGCAUUUUGUCCUCAGUGGAUUGUUGGUGGAGGUUCACCUGGCCACUCUGUGAGAACCUGCUGUGCCUGUAGUUCCUUCGGGUCCAAGACAGCUUCCCCUUCGUAGGUCCUUGUCUGGAAAUGAGUAAUGUCUUACGAGCAUGCCUGGCCCUAAUCAUCUCAUCCUGUGUUUGUGAUUGAU